AAGUUCUUUGAAGUUUUAACGCAGUUGUGUCGAGAGGCUGAAAGGAUUGAAAAUAGAAGCUACAAAGUCAAUCGCGGCAAAUCCUUUACUUUCUUGUAAUAUACUCUUUUGUAAGAUUAAAAUUCUGCGAAACUUCGAUCGAUUUCUCUUCUUAUUCUUCAGUCGCAGAUCCCUUACUGCAAUUCUUCUACCAGCUGGAAAAUCUAAUUUACUUGCUUGUACCAUUAAAAUCAGAACUCAAACUUCAGUCUCGAUUUCUCUUUGUAAAUCCAUCUUCGGUAGAAGCAUAAUUUCUUAUCCAUUUCGUUCCAAAACAAAUGCUUCGUAGGAGCUUCAAGGCCUCGAAAUGCAAGACAUCGUUGAAGCUUGCGGCCUCUCGUUUAAAGCUUCUAAAGAAUAAGAGAGAUGCACAAGUUAAACAGUUAAAGAGAGAAUUGGCUCAGCUUCUUGAGUCCGGGCAGGACCAGACUGCCAAAAUACGAGUUGAACAUGUAGUGAGGGAAGAGAAGACCAUGGCAGCAUAUGAUCUUAUUGAGAUUUAUUGUGAACUUGUUGCUGCACGGUUGCCAAUAAUUGAGUCACAGAAAAACUGCCCCAUUGACUUGAAGGAAGCAAUAUCUAGUUUAAUUUUUGCAUCCAAAAGAUGCGCGGAUGUACCAGAACUCAGUGAUGUCUGCAAGCGUUUCACAAAAAAAUAUGGAAAAGAAUUUGUUGCUUCAGCCCUUGAGCUGCAUCCAGAAUGUGGUGUAAACCGUACUUUGGUUGAGAAUUUAUCUGCAAGAGCACCUGAUGGUCAGUUGAAGAUUAAGAUUUUGACCUCAAUUGCCCAGGAAUAUAACAUUGACUGGGAUCCUAAUAGGCUUGAAGAGAAAGAUCCAAAACCUCCUGAGGAUUUGCUGCAGAAUGGGCCAAGUACAUUUGAGGCUGCCAGUAAGUUGCAUGAGGAACUUCCUGAUGUACCUCUUAACCCUGUCCUGAAGCAAGAAUCAACUAUGAACAUCCCUGAUAACAAUGUAACCAGGUUAUCACUGAGUUCACAUGCCUAUGUUCCUACAAACACCAGUACUCUUUACACAACAGUUCCUGCCACUACAACUUCAGAAAGUGGAAUUGAGGGGCGAGAAUUUCACAAGCACAACUGGAAUAUGGAAUUUAAAGAUGCAACUUCAGCUGCACAGGCAGCGGCUGAAUCUGCAGAAAGAGCUAGUAUUGCUGCCAGGGCCGCUGCAGAACUUUCAAGACAGUAUUCCUCAGAAUCACAAGGGGUAUCUGGUUAUGGCUUGAGAGAUGGUGGACCUAGAAGUUCAACUGUUCAAAAGUUGCAAGAAGACCCUAUUGCCAGGGAGUCGCCAACAAUGGUGCAUAAUUCAUCAGAAAACUCCCAUGACAUGAAUCCAGGUGUACCAAAUCAACCAAGAGAAAUAAACAGGCAAGAUAACUUGCCAGGAGCCACUGAAAGUGUGUAUGAAGGUCAUGGUCAUUCAAAGAGAAGUUCUAGUCGGUCUGCUUCCUCAGGUUCCAGUGUUGCUUCUGCUGACAAUGAUAUAUCCAUGGCUAGUUUCAGCAAAGGAGAAAGAUAUUCUCAAGACAGGUCACCUGGAACCGUGGCAACUGACCCCAAUUGGCAUGGCAGAAAACCCAAGGAUAAUUUAGUUGGUGAAGUAAGUACCAAAGGGCAAUCUACCCUAUCUGAGGUAUAUAAUGGGAGCCAUCAGGAACAGAGUAAGAAAACUGAGAAUACAAACCAUUAUGGAGAAGAAUGUUUCAAGAAGAGAUCUAGCAGUUCUAUAUCCUCUUAUUCCCAUGGAAGUGCUUCUGAUGAUGAUGGCAAUGAUGAUGUUGGAAAGUACAAGAAUGAUGGUGGUGAAUGGUCAUUCAUUAAUACUGACCAAGAGAUGCAAAGAGGCACUAAUCCCUUAGACUCCGCUGGUUAUCCUCCUGCAGUUUUUGAUGAUUAUGGUUCAGAUGAUGACCAUCAUUUUGAGGCUAAGCCCAACUAUAAUAGACAUGUAUCUGAUUUUUGUUCCCAUUCUUCAGGUAGGAAACCCUAUUCUCUUCUUUCGGCAACUACAAAUGCUCAGAGACCUAGGAAAAACAAGAGUGAGUCUUUGGAGUCCACUGCAGAAUCACCUUUCAUUGUGGAACCACACUCCCCUUCUGAACAUUCUGAUAGACUGAUAAAAUCUGAAGCUCCUUCUCAAUCUGAUGACUUGUUACCUGUUACAUAUGAUAAUUCAGACACUCUGGAUUCUGAGAGUGAAGGGGAGAAGGAUAAUUUUGAACUUUAUGAAAAAACAGAAUCUAGCACUUGGCUUCAUGGUCAGAAUAUCUUCAUCAGUAGUAGAAAAUCAGCACCAAGCACUAGGACUCAUAUAUCAAGAGGAUCAACUAUUGUAAAGGAAGACAUGGGAGUGAAUAGAAGACCUAUCAUAGAGUCCUCUUUUGAUGAUUCAGACUCCAAGGAAGACCACAUUGGGAGAAGAGAAGAAAGAAAUCUGCAUGUAGGCAGGUCCACGGAGAAUUAUGGCCAAAUUAACUCUCCCACCAAGCAGCCACCACCCAGACACACUAGCUCCCCAAGAGAUUUGGAUAAUUUGGACCAUGAAUUGCCAUUGCCAUCUUUUAAGUUGUCACUGGCCAAGGAGGCCAAAGCUCAUGAAAGUUUUGGUUCAGAACAGGCGCCUGAUAUUACAAAAAGCCCAGACAUUUCAAAUUUAUCUAGCUCUGAAAGUGGGCAAGAGUUGAAUUUUGGGUUGUUAACUGGUGGCCUCCGAAAUAAGGGUUACAGACGUCCACCUUACACCAAGGUUUCCUCAGGUAAUUCUGCAUUGCUAUCUCAACAGCAAGCAGAAGAUACUCCAACCAUUAAACAACCAAUUGUUUCCUCUGCAAUUACGAAUACACACAGUUCUGAAUCAUGUGAUGAGGAAUUACACAAUCAAAAAAUGCACAUAAAAGUUAAUAUGGCAUCAAGCUCAAGAGCCUCAGAAACAUAUACUGCUUCAGAUAGUAGUGAUACUGAGGAAGUACCCCACAAGGAAAGUUAUAUGGGCAGGAGACUUUCUCACCGAAGAAAAGAUUAUCCUAAACAGUCUGAACCUUGUGAUGAAGAGACAAACAGUCAGAAAAUGCAUAACAAAGUUCACAAAAAGUCAAGUGUAAGAACCUCAAGAGCGUAUUUUGAUUCAGAUAGUGAUGAUACAAAGGAAACUCCCCACCAAACCAUUCGGAACUACACAGGUAGCACACUUUCGCGCAGGACAAAGGAUUCUCCUAAUGAAUCUGAAAUAGGUAGGGGUGCGAAGUUUACGGUUGGAUCUAAGGGGCCAGCUGCUUCCGAGUUUGGGAUUGGAAAGAAACUGUCCUCAUGGGAUUCCACUGCAGAUGAGCUUCCUGCAAUGUCUGAACCCAAGGCUAUGAGCUUAGGAGAUGAUCCUAGGACUCCAAGGGCAAAUAUAUUAGGUGGACAAGAACCUUCUAAAUCUAUGCCACAGUCCAAAUUCUCAGUGCACAAGGAAGCUUGGGGUUCCAAUAAAAAAGAAGCUCAGGUGACUAGCUCAGAAAGCAGAGAUGUUCAUAAGUUGCCAAGAACUAAUAAACCAAUUGAACAAAAAAGUUUUGAGUCUAUACCUGAGUCCAAGUUUUCAGUUACCAAGGAAUCAAGUGCUUCCUAUGAAGCUGAACCUGUUAACAAGUUACAACCUCAGACGGUAAGUUCAGGGAGCAGAGAUGAUCCUAUGUUGCCAAGGGAUUACCCAUCUAGUGAACAAUAUACUUCUAAACCAAUGAGGGAAUCCAAUUUCUCAGCACCUAAGACAAGAAGCAUAGAUUCAUCACAACUGAGUUCAGCAGUGGAACAGUUGCCAAAUCCUCUUCUAAAGAAAGUACCAUCAAAGAGCAGUGAAGAUUCAGUAAAGAAAACAAGCCAUGUCCAUCCAAAGCUUCCAGAUUAUGAUAGUUUUGCAGCCCACUUUCAUUCUCUCAGGUCAAGCAAGCGAUGAGUAAGUUUCCAUUUCAUUUCACUACAUUUUGGUGUUAAUCAGGGGUUCUUUUGCACAGGAAGGUUAUAAUAAUCAGAUGAUUGAUCCGAGUACUGAGAUAAUGACAUUGAUGUUAAUAUAAAUGUACAUAGCAGUAUAGCACCAUAGUCCAGCACUUGAAUGUGUGAUAUUAAAGUUUGAUGGUUCCUGUUAUUUCUAUUUGAUUUUUGCAUUACUUUUGAAAUAUGCCGUAAAAUAACAGGCUGUGCUUGAGCUGAAAUUUAAAACUGAUUUUGUA